AGUCGUUUGGGCUUUUCGCAGUUUCAGCAACGACUCACACAUCAGCAAAUGCAGGUAAACCAACUAUUUUAUCAUCUCAUCUAUAUUACUCAUUGAUUGAGUGAGCAAUCAUCAUCUUUAUAAAAAGAAGAUGAAUAGGAGAAUAACUUGGACAUAUGACCGAACGAACUCAUCAGGGACUCAUUUGUCAAGAAGCGAUCAAUAAAUGAUGGUUGAUAGCUCAGCAACAAGCCGAAAAAAAUGGAUUGGGGUCCACGAGUGUGCGUCUGGCCCUCGUCCUCGCGAGGCUCGCCAGCCAAUCGCAGACCGUCGGCUCACAAAUCGAUGACGUUCAGAAAUCGAUCCUAUUAGUCAGUCUGUUCAAUAUUGACAAAUGAUUGACCAACUUUGACUUUUAAAGAAUAUUGCCAGCUGUGACAAUAUAAGCGCUGAACCAACCAAAACGAGAGAAUACACUCUCUUCUUUCACUCAAAGAAAACGUUUGUUUGUAUGUUUUACCAAAACCACAAUUUUUGGACUGAAAGUAGCGAAAACGACUUUUUUUUGUGGGGGAAAAAAUGACAAGCAGAACAGCGACUUGAAGCUAAUAUUCUUUGCUUUUGUGACACGUCAAACUAUAAAACUUUUGAGUGGUUUUCAAACUUGAAUUUCACAGGCAAGCUGAGCGAGACCCUCUUCCAUGCCGACCCCUCAAAAAACAUGUUUGACAAAUAUAUUCAUUGGUGGCAGUAAAAGGUUAGAAUGCAGUUUCCGAAUAUACUGCAAAUGUCCAAGGCCGUGAAAGAGUUUCAGGGACAAUAUGCGGUUUCCAAACUGUGAGCGAUAUUUGAACGGAGCCUAAUUUCAGCCUAAACGUGGACAGCAAAAAAGAACCAGGAAGGCUGCCUCAGAGUGCGUCUCGGUCAGCAUCGUUACGAGAAACGUUGUGUUUUGGGGAAUGUACAAUCCGCGAAAAAUAUGAGAACGGAUCAACCUACCCGACGACUCGGUGAGAACGGUGACGUGAGGUACGCGCCGGCACGUGCGGCCGUCAACGUAGCGGACGCCACCCGUGACUGCUGCACGUUUACUCUGGAUUCCAUAAUCCAUCCUCCGAGAAUCCACUGCAGUCGUCUCUCCUUUGCGUGCAAAGGAUUGACAGACUAUUCGGUCACAUCUCCUGUCACCACCCUCUCUGAUUGACUAUUCUUGUCCAGCCGUGUCAUGGUUGUAAAAUAAUAAUUAAAAGGAAAUUAGAGGCAUUAGAUGGGGCCAGCGGCACGGUGAGGAACCGGUUAGCGCGUCCGCCUCACGGUUCUGAGGUUGCGGGUUCAAAUCCCCGGCCCCGCCCGUGUGGAGUUUGCGUGUUCUCCCCGUGCCUGCGUGGCUUUUCUCCGGGUACUCCGCUUUCCUCCCACAUCCCAAAAACAUGCGUGCUCGGUUCAUUGAAGACUCUAAAUUGCCCGUAGGUGGGAAUGUGAGUGCGAAUGGUGGUUUGUUUGUUUGUACGCAUGUGCCCUGCGAUUGGCUGGCGACCGGUUCAGGGUAUACCCCGCCUCUCUCCCGAAGAUAGCUGGGAUGGGCUCCAGCAUGCCUGCGACCCGCGUGAGGAGAAGCGGUACGGAAAAUAGGACAUAUGAUAAUAAGCGAUGAGAUGAGAUUACUGUACUACUAUUUUCAUUUGAAUAUUAUUUCAUGUGAAUAAAAAGCCAUUCUAUUAUGUGACCAGUUUGGUAAAUAUAAAAAAGUGUCACAAAUGGCAUGUUAAAGAUGCUUCCAGUCAGUUUGCAUCUUGGCUUGAAAAAGGUGAGUUCCCGGUGCGCACGUUGGCCGUUAUUGAAAUGAUGAAAACGCAGGAAAAAAACCAUUCGAUUUUCAGCUCGCUUUUGCCCCGUCCGCAUUUUGGACACGUCAACCUGCAGCGCAGCCGGCAGCGGCCGAUGAUGACUAUUUCCGUGACUGAACUUCUACGUAUUCUGCGGUGAAAUGUUUGCCUAUCUUAAAAGUAUGAAUUUUGUUUAGACACUAAGAAGUAAAAAUAGUCCAAGCGAAACAUUUUAAUAGGCUUGUUCUUUUAAAAAUCAACCAUUGAAACUGCCUCCUUGCGGAAAGAAGACAGCCGCGUCAUCCCACCCGAGGUUCCUUUCUGGAUUUAGAAACGGCCGAAAGCGUACGUCGCUCGAUGUCCCAAAUGUCCCACGUUAGCGCUUGAAAACAUGUUUAAAUGUCGCCAUUUAAAGUUGCUUCAGGUGCUCUCUCACCUGAACCGGAAGGAAGCGCUUCCACCUGUUUGCACCUGUUGUGGGAGGUGCUUGCGCAUGAGCCCAUUUUUGGGGUGCUCCGGCACCCGCGCAAGCUGGGCCAGAAAGGCCUUCGCCCGUUGAAACCAUGACGCGACGUUCAUGGCUCGACCUUCCUCAAACAUACGACGGCCCGCCAGAACAGUGAGGAUGAGGAGGAUGAAGAUGAAUGGAUGACGGAAGCUCAGUUGAUCAAUGGCUACGACAACGACUUCCAGUUCAACUUGACGCCGUACGAAUACAUUCCUCCUGUGGACGUGAAGACUGAAGCGUACAUUCCUGAGACAGCACACGGCCCUUACAUACAAAUCAUCGAGGAGCCCAAACAGCGCGGCUUUCGCUUUCGUUAUGAGUGCGAGGGCCCGUCGCACGGCGGUCUGCCGGGAGCCUCCAGUGAGAAAAACAGAAGGACGUACCCCACUGUCAAGAUCAACAACUACGUGGGCCACGCGCGUGUGGAGGUUCAGCUGGUGACCCACACGGAUCCGCCGCGCGUGCACGCUCACAGCCUGGUGGGACGCCACUGCAACGAGAACGGAACGUGCACCCUGGACGUGGGACCCGACGACCUGACCGCCUCUUUCAGCAACCUGGGCAUCCUCCACGUGACCAAGAAGGGUGUGACGGACGUCCUGACGCGGAGACUGCGAGACGAGUGGCGUCGGCGUCCGGGAGGCUCCGCCCGCCCGACGGCGGCCGAGGAGAGCGCGCUGGUCAAGGACGCCAAGGAGCUGUCCAAGAUGGUGGACCUCAACAUCGUCAGGCUCAAGUUCACCGCCUUCCUCAAGGACAGCAACGGAGGAUUCACGAGAGCUCUCAGGGCCGUGGUGUCCAACGCCAUCUACGACAGCAAAUCUCCCAAUGCGUCCAACCUGAAGAUCUCCCGCAUGGACAAGACGUGCGGAUCGGUGCUGGGAGGAGACGAGAUCUUCCUGCUCUGCGACAAAGUCCAGAAAGACGACAUCGACGUGCGCUUCUACGAGGACGAGGACGGCGGCUGGGAGGCGUACGGCGACUUCGCUCCGACCGACGUCCACAAGCAGUACGCCAUCGUGUUCAAAACGCCGCCGUACCACAGCGCCGAGAUCGAGCGUCCCGUCACCGUCUUCCUCCAACUCAAGCGGAAAAAGGCGGGAGACUGCAGCGACCCCAAACACUUCACGUACAUUCCGCACGUUCAAGACAAAGAGGAGGUGCUGAGGAAGAAACAAAAGCCCCUCCCCCACUACGAGCCCUGGCGAGGAGGAGGAGGAGGAGCUGGCGGCUUUGGAGGGGGAGGAGCUACGGGUGAAGGUUUUCACUUCAGCCAGCACAUGAACGGCGCGGCGGGUGGAGGAGGGGGCGGAGUCUUCUAUUCUGGAAGCAGCGGCAGCUUUGGAGGGGGCGGGGUCCACAUGUCAGGCUCCGCCCUCCAGCGCAGGCAACUGGCCUUUAUCGCCUCCGCCCUCCAGGCCGGCGCGUCGGAUGCCGCUCGUCAGGCGCGCGGCGCCCUACUUCGCUACUGCGCCGGCGGCGACGCUCGGGUCCUUCUGGAGCUGCACGGACGCCUGUGCGCCACGCGGGACGCCAGCGGAGACACUCCCCUGCACCUGUCCGUCAUCCAUCAGCAGACGGCCGUCACCUGCCAGCUGAUCGACACGUUGCUUAGCAACCGGCGGGAACGCCUGCUCGACGUCGCCAAUCAUCAGCAGCAGACGGCGCUGCACCUGGCGGCGCUGACGCGUCAGGCGUCUGCGGUGGAGGCGCUGAUGAGGGCGGGGGCGGACCCCGGCCUGCGGGACAAAGACGGCCGCUGCCCGCUGCACCUGGCGGCGCUGGGCGGCGACGCGGCCACGCUGCGCGCCGCGCUGGCCCACCUGGGGGAAGGACACGCACACGUCUUGAACACGGCCGAUUACUACGGUGAGUGGGGCCGAGACCUGAAAAGGGGUUAUCGCGCGACGACGUGCGCCGUUAACGUGGCGCUCGCGUGUCGUCGUGCCGUGCGUCGUUUCCACGUUGUCGCGUGUCGUUCGACGCGUCAACGCGUUGUUCACCCGAGUCGUCACGCCGUCACGUUCGCGCCGCGUGUCAUUUGCGUGUCGCCUUCAGGUUUGGUCCCGCUUCACCUGGCGGUCCGUCGCGACGGGCAUCGCUGUCUGCGCCUGCUGGUGGCGAGCGGCGCUAAGGUCAACGCCCCCGAGCUGAAGGGCGGACACACGGCUCUGCACAUGGCCGUCCGCCAAAACCUUCUCAAGGUCGCCUGCACGCUGGUCACCGAGUUGAAGGCGGACGUGAACGCUCGCACGUUCGGAGGAAACACGCCGCUUCAUCUGGCCGCCGCCGCAGACGCGCACACGCUUUGCUCCGUGCUGCUCGCCGCCGGUGCGGACAAACACAUGGAAAACGACGAGCCGCUGGUCUUAAGCUCCUCCUGCUCCUCCUCCGACGACGACGAAGAGCGUGAAGACGACGAGGCGGGGGCCGCGGCGCGCUCGCGGCCAGUCGGCAGCCGGAAGAGACGAGUGAGCGGGCACACGCCGCUGGACCUGGCCAAAUGUCACAAGGUCAGGAAGCUGCUGACGUCGCCGACCGCUCGUCACGUGACUGACAAGAUCCAAGGCAAACGAGGCGGCGAGCCGCGUUGGCGCGUGGACGCCGACACGCUGGGCCACCUGGUGGAGGUCGUCCGCGACGCCGGCAUUCCGUGGGAUAAGAUGGCCGACAAACUGGGAAUGACAACACUGGCGAGUUUCUACCGCGACAGCCCCUCCCCCUACUACAGCCUCCUGCAACACUACCAGCUGUGCGGAGGUCCCGCCGAAGACGUCCUGGAGGCGCUGGCGUCGUUGGGCGUCGACGACGGCGUGCGCCUGCUGCGCCGCCUCGAUCCCGACGACGCGCUCCCGCCGCAAGACAAACUCAGACAAGAAUCGACGGUGGACAGCGGGUUCAGCAGUCAGCCGAUAGAAGACGAGCAGCCGCCCGCGGCCAAUCAGUGAGCGGCGGGAAACGCGGCAGUCCUGUCGUGGUGACAACGCGCUGUGAUGUCACUCGCGAGCUUGGAGAGUCCAAAACAAAAACACACUUUUGCGCUGGUGAAGAAAAAGCACCUUUCGUUCUUCUCCGGUCGUCCGUUAAGAUGACAAACAACAGAUUUUUGAUCGACAUUUCAUGAUGGAAAUAAAUAUUGACGACUUUCAA